UCCCCCCUCCUCGGCGCUGCCUCCAGUCAGAGCACCGGGAAACGGUGGGUGUGAUGCCGCUGAACGCGUGGCUUCCGUACCGCUGUCAGCGCGCGCUCUCUGCGGUUCCUCGGUCAUAAAAAAAAACAAAAACACGAAGACGCCGUGAGGCGGCAGCUCCGCGCAAAAGAAGGAAAGGACUGAGGACCCCCGGAGGAAAGUGGCCGCCCGAAACCUGGCAGCAUGAGGUUCCUUCUGAGCGUCCUGUACCCGCUCCUUUCCCUCACCGUGUUCGGACUCUAUCCGUCCAUGACUAUCGGCCCUAAGGAGGGCUGGCAGGUGUACAGCUCAGCCCAGGACGCUGACGGCCGCUGCAUCUGCACCGUGGUCGCGCCGGAACAGAGCCUGUGCUCCAGAGAUGCCAAAAGCAGACAGCUUCGACAGCUGCUGGAGAAGGUGCAGAACAUGUCUCAGUCCAUUGAAGUGCUGAACCUGCGCACUCAGAGGGAUUUCCAAUAUGUCAUAAAGAUGGAGAACCAGAUGAAAGGCCUAAGGACCAAGUUCAGACAGGUUGAAGAUGACAGGAAAUCCAUCAUGGCCAAGAAUUUCCAGGAGCUUAAGGACAAGAUGGACGAGCUGAAGCCGUUGAUCCCCGUGCUGGAGCAGUACAAGAUGGACGCCGCUCUCAUCUCCCAGUUCAAGGAGGAGAUCAGGAACCUGUCAGUGGUGCUGACGGGCAUCCAGGAAGAGAUCGGGGCCUACGACUACGAUGAACUGUACCAGCGGGUCCUGCGGCUGGACACCAGGCUGCGCAGCUGCAUGGGCAAACUAACAUGUGGGAAAUUAAUGAAAAUCACUGGACCCGUUACGAUAAAGACAUCUGGAACCCGGUUUGGGGCUUGGAUGACGGAUCCGCUUGCAGCAACCCGAAACAACAGGGUCUGGUAUAUGGACAGUUACACCAACAGCAAGAUUGUGCGCGAGUACAAGACGAUAGACGACUUUGUGUCUGGAGUGGUCUCUCAAACCUACAGCCUCCCGUUUAAAUGGGAGGGAACCAACCACAUCGUCUACAACGGCUCGCUUUACUACAACAAGUACCAGAGCAACAUAAUCGUCAAGUACAACUUCGAGACGGGCACCGUUCUCGCCCAAAGAGCCCUGGAGUUUGCCGGCUUCCACAACAUGUACCCGUACACCUGGGGGGGGUACUCCGACAUCGACGUCAUGGCUGACGAACUGGGAAUGUGGGUCGUGUACGCCACCAAUCAGAACGCCGGCAACGUUGUGAUCUCACAGAUAGACCCCGACACCCUGCAGGUGCUGAAGACGUGGAAUACGGAGUACUCCAAGAGGAACGCUGGCGAAUCGUUCAUGAUCUGCGGGACGCUGUAUAUCACCAACUCCCACCUGUCGGGAGCGAAGGUUUACUACGCGUACUCCACCAAGACGUCCAGCUACGAGUACAUAGACAUCCCGUUCCACAACCAGUACUUUCACAUCUCCAUGCUUGACUAUAACGCCAGAGAGCGGGCGCUGUACGCCUGGAACAACGGACACCAAGUGAUCUUUAAUGUCACCCUGUUUCAUGUCAUAAAAACUGAAGACGACUCCUAAAUGUGAAGCAACGAAGAAGAGUCACUGUUGGUGACACCAGGACCAGCCAAUGAACUGUUUCCUUUCACCAGAGUUGAACUUUGCUAUCUCUACUUGAACCUUUUGGAUUUUCUGGCUCUGUAUUCUUGAGCAUGGACACCAGUGACUUUACAAUAAAAAUAUAAAAAGCUUU